AGAGGAGCUUUUAUUUUGAAAUCUGAUCACGUGUGUAUGCACAUGUCUUCAGAGCGAGAAGCAGAACAGAAGAGUAAGAGAUAUCGUCGUGUUGUGUUCAGCAGGUCCUCUGAUCCACAGACAUGGACCCAGUUCUGGAUGCAGAUCUCAAAAAGUGCUUCAGGACCAGCGUUUGAGUCCAAGCUGGCCUGUAAACCAGCGACGACACAUCUUAAGAGAACAAACAGAUGUUUAAAACUAAUCCCACAUGACAAUAACUAAAUACGUGAAAAGGAAUCUCAUCAGAUAAAUAAACUAAGGAGACGUAGAGAUGUCAUUCAGAGGUCUGAACUCUUUUCCUCCAGAUCUCAUCAUCGUCCUGAUUGGUAAAUCAGGAGUUGGUAGAAGUGCUUCAGGAAACACCAUCCUGGGACGAGCAGCGUUUGAGUCAAAGCUGGACUCUGAACCAGUGACGACAGAGAUCUCUGAACAAACAGAGAAUGUGCUGGGGAACCAGAUCUCAGUGGUCGACACCCCGGGAAUAUUAGAGAGCAAGGACACCGAGGAGAAGAUUAAGAAGUUCUGUCAGGAUCUCCUGCAGUCCUCCAGACCUUGUCUGUUUCUGGUGGUGAUCAGAGUUGGACGGUUCACAGAGGAGGACCAGAAGGCUGUGAGAGCUGCUAUGGAAGUCCUCGGGCCUCGGGGGAUGGAGAAGAGCUACCUGCUCUUCACUGGGGGUGAUAUGUUAGAGGAGGGCAGGACAGUGGAGGAUUUUAUCUUUCAAGAUAAAAAGGAAGGAAAGCUUCUAGAAGUUGUUAUAAAGUUUGCAAAGCGGUAUCACCUCUUCAACAAUAAAGAUGCCGAUGAAGAACAAGUCAGAGAUCUGCUGAUGAAGUCUGGCCACCUCAGGACCCAGGACCAGCCUGAUCCACCAGGUCAAGCUCAACUGAAGGCUAAAGUGGACAAGCUGAAUGCUGAAGUGAACAAGCUGAAGCAACAACUGCAAGGCCGACAGGUUGCAUUCUCAGCCUCUCUGAUGACUGGUGGAGGUGAUUCAACUACUGGAACCUUUUCCAUGGACACUCCCCUGAUCUUCAAAAAUGUUAUCACCAACAUCGGAAAGGCCUACAACCCAACCACAGGUCUGUUUACUGCCCCGGUGGGAGGAGCGUACCACUUUGAGUGGACAGUCGCUGCAUAUGGAGACGGCAGACACGCUUCAGCUGCUGUGUUGUACAAGAACUCAGAGAGGGUUUUCAUUGCAUUUGAGUAUCAGGCGAACGGUUUUCUGAGUUCUUCUAAUGCUGUUACGCUGCAGCUGGAGGUGGGAGAGAUCGUGUCUGUGCGUGUGAGGGCUAACAGUAGGGCGUUUGACAAUGAGUUUAACCACACCACCUUCAGUGGACAUCUGCUGUUCCCCAUGUGAGACAGAAACAGCAGCUCUGUGAGUGUUUCUUUAAUCUGUUUGUUUCAACUUUAACAUAUUGAAAGCAGAUAAUCCAUCAUCAUAGCAGUAUAAAGAAACCGAGAAAGUUGAGCUGUUGUAACAUAUCAACUCUGUACCAUGUCCACAUGAGAUUCUUGGGACAGUUUACAGCUUCCUUUUCUAACAUCUAGCUUUUAAUUAAAGAAUAAACAUAUCAUUGUGAUGCCA